GAGUAGAUUAUCCACGUUGGCCUCUAUAUAAAAAAGUCUCAUUUUUUAUCGUUCAUAUUUAAAAUUCAUAACACCCCACCACUUUUUCUUGGAUUUGAACAUUUAAGAAAGACUUGUGUUCAUUCAUUUAAGCUGUAUCAUCUGUCUCUUUCUCAACAAUUCAGGUUGUUUCUUGGAUACCCUUUAAGCUUUUUUACUUGUUGGGCUUCUAUAUAGCACAUGAACAUAUGUUUUGUUUGGUGCUGAUGAAUGGUUUAAUGUUGUUUAUUGGUACUUUUAAGCUGAAUCUUGAUGCCCCUUUUUUGAAAUUUGGAUAUUGGGUGUGUAAUUUUUGGUAUAUGAUUGUUUAAAUGAAUUUGCAAGCAAGUUCUAGCAGCUGUGAUUUUUCACAGAGGGUUUGGGUGUCUUCACCUAAAUGCCCAUGUGAAAAAAGGCUUAAAUUUUCUCCAUUACAUGGGUUUUCUAGGAGGAUGAAAUUGUGUAUGACCCAUAAGGGGAAAAGAUGUGUUCUUGAGGCGUGUAUGAGUUCUGAUGGUGGAAAUAGUAAUUUAGAUUUUGCUGAUUCAGCUACUAGGGUUGCUAAAAGUUUUGUGGCUAAUAGAUUGUCAAAUGAAUUGGAUGAGAGAAAUGUUGCUUCUGAUGGUGGAAAUAGUGAUUUGGGUUCUGGUAAUUCAGCUACUAAGGUUGCUAAAAGUUUUGUGGCUAAUAGAUUGUCAAAUGAAAUGGAUGAGAGAAAUGUUUCUUCUGAUGGUGAAUAUAGUAAUUUAGGUUCUGCUAAUUCAGCUACUAGGGUUGCUAAAAGUUUUGUGGCUAAUAGAUUGUCAAAUGAAUUGGAUGAGAGAAAUGUGUCUCGAGAUUCUGGUUCGAUGGGGGCUUCUAAAUUUGUUAGCUUUGAAGAGGAUCCUAUUGUAGAUAAGCUGAGGACACAACUAGGAGUUCUGCACCCAAUUCCGUCUCCUCCAGUUAACAAGAACAUUGUUGGGUUGUUUGUGUUCUUUUUCUUUGUUGGGGUUGUUUUCGAUAAGUUUUGGACAUCAAGGAAGAUGAAAGUAUCGAGCAAUGAUGGGAAUGCUGGUAAUAGGCCACAGGUUCCUACAAGCUUCUCUUCGUUUCUCGAAAAGGAUUUGCAGAGGAAAGAGUCAGUGGAAUGGGUUAACAUGGUUCUUGAAAAGUUGUGGAAGGUUUAUAAGCCAGGGCUUGAGAGUUGGCUUACUGGAUUGCUUCAGCCAGUCAUUGAUGAUUUAGAGAAACCUGAUUAUGUGGAGAGGGUUGAAAUAAAGCAGUUAUCUUUAGGAGAUGAGCCUAUAUCGGUUAGGAAUGUCGAACGCAGAACUUCAAGGCGUCUUAAUGAUUUGCAGUACCAGAUAGGCAUUCGUUACACUGGUGGUGCCCGCAUGUUGCUAAUGCUGUCCCUCAAAUUUGGAAUAGUUCCCAUUGUUUUGCCAGUCGGUAUUCGAGAUUUUGAUAUUGACGGGGAGCUUUGGGUCAAACUGAAAUUAAUUCCAUCCGAGCCUUGGGUGGGAGCUGUUCAGUGGGCCUUUGUGUCACUUCCAAAGAUAAAGUUUGUGCUGUCUCCAUUUCGUUUGUUCAAUUUAAUGGGAAUUCCAGUUCUUUCAAUGUUUCUGACUAAGCUUCUGACUGAGGAUUUGCCAAGUUUAUUUGUUCGUCCAAAGAAGAUCAUUUUAGAUUUAUUGAAGGGAAAAGCCGUUGGUCCCGCUCCAACUGAUUUUAAGUCUGGAGAAAUGCAAGAAGGCAACAAAGAUUUUGUAGGAGAGCUCGCGGUGACCCUUGUAGAUGCUAGAAAACUCUCCUAUGUUUUCCUCGGAAAGACUGAUCCAUAUGUUACUCUAAAAUUGGGGGAUCAAGCAAUGCAUAGUAAAAAGAACAGUCAAACAACUGUUAUCGGUCCUCCUGGUGAGCCAAUUUGGAAUCAGGACUUUUCAAUGCUGGUUGCAAACCCACUAAAACAAAAAUUGUAUAUACAAGUAAUAGACUCCCUGGGUUUUACAGAUCUGACUAUUGGUACAGGAGAGGUUGAUCUGACAUCUCUUGAAGACACUGUGCCAACAGAUAGGAUUGUGGCCUUGCAAGGUGGGUGGGGGUUGUUCAGGAAUGUAUCAGCUGGAGAAAUCUUGCUUAGAUUGACAUAUAAAGCAUAUGUUGAGGAUGAAGAAGAUGAAAUGAUUGGGAAAAGAUCAACAGAUACCGAUGUAUCAGAUGACGAAUUAUCAGAAUCUGAUGAAUCUAGUGCUACAUAUGUGCAGCCAAAAAAGAAUUUGCCUAAUGGGACAGAAACAUUCAUGGAUGUGUUGGCAGCUUUAAUUGUAAGCGAAGAUUUUCAAGGAAUUGUAGCAUCUGAAACAGUAAAUACAGAAUCUUCAGACAAUGUCACGAGCAAUUUAUCAGCAUCAAGACCGAGUGGUCCUGAAGUUGAACCAGCAUCAAGAUCCGAUGGUCCUGAAGUUCAAUCAGCACCAUCAAAUUCUGGUAGUGACUCUGAAGGUUUUAGAGGCUCUGCUUUAUUUUGGCUUUCCGUGAUCACAAGUAUCUCAGUGCUUAUCGCUUUGAAUAUGGAUCAUUCUAGCUUAUUCAAUCCUUAAUACUUGCACAACCUUUGAAGAAUUGGAUACAUUCUCAAACAAUUGAAGUUUCUUGGCAGGUUCGGCAAUAUCUUGCAGAUCGCGAGGACCAGAGCAUCUGAUCAAAUAGAUACUUUUUAUUGAAAAAAAUCUACAGAGUAGACACAGUAUUCCUUCUGCACAGCACUUGAACCCAAGGUGAUACGGUGACGAGUCUUUCCCCAGGAAGCAAACCAGAAUUUUAGAAUAGUUUGCACUCGUAUAUAUUAGUUCUCAGGCAUAGUCUUUUACACACAGGUAUCAUUUUUUUUUUUUUUGGUUUUACAUAUACCUUGCUUCGUUUUGGAGGGGAGAAGGCAAAAGGGGUAGGAAAGAUAGGUAAUCAAAAUCUGUAACAAUACCCUAAUUCCCUUGUGGGAGAAAUCCUUGAUACCAGAGGACAACAAUUCAGAAUACAGACAUGAAAACAUUUGCUCUCUUGAAAAGUUAUCGUAAAGGGAGAUUAAACUCCGAGGCCAUAUUUGUUUGAAAGGAUUAUAAUCCCAAAAUUAAGAUACAUAGAAUAAUAAUCCAGGGAUUAUAAUUCCUCCAAACAAACAUGGCCCACGAGGAUUAUUGCCAGGUGAAUAUUUUUUAGAUUAUUGAUCAAAUAUACUUUUUGCAC